AUGCGAAAACUUUCUCACUCUGGGAAGAUAUCUGUCUCGACAGAUGAAAUUUUCCAUGCAGUACAGAAUGAAACUCCUCGUGGCUGCUACAUGCCAAGAUUUUCGUGUCAUACCGGGGUGACUCCCAUUGUCUUACCGUUCCGCGUCACGUCCACUUCAAUUCCUCCCUCGCCAGGAAUUUCGUCUUCUGGUCAUGCCUCAAGUUCGAGCAUAGGCCUUGCAUCACAUUCCCGCCCACUAUCACAACUUCCCUCCGGCCGCGAAACUCAUGUCCUUGUUCUACUCGUUCUCGAAGGAAACCCGAAGCGGGUUGUCCAAGGCUUUGAGAACGGUGUUGAAAACCUGCCAGCCAAGUUCAAAGUGGAAAUCACAGAUGCCUAUGAAACCAAUGCAUCUGCAGGAGUCUUUGUGCGCAUGACUUGGGAGGCAUAUGCACGGUUCUCGUCAACCGUAGAGCUAGACGAACUCCUUCCUGUGAUCGGGCCAUCACUGAUUCACACACAUGAGCUCCACGAGAUUCCGGUCCGUGGCUGA